AUGGCCAAAGGUUUACGACUCAUUUCAGAACGCUUGAAUUCCAUCGAUCUGGUGGUUGAAGUCAGAGAUGCACGUAUUCCUCUUUCUUCUGUCAAUCCUAAUUUCGAAAAAGUCGUGGGUAAAAGACCACGUCUGAUUGUCUACAACAAGUUUGAUUUAGCUGAUCCAUUAACCAAACAACCUCUUCUCGAAGCAUUUGCCAAACAUGCACCUGCUACACCUGUUGUGUUUACAAGCUGUCAGCAUGAUGCCAGCAUGAAACAGAUCUUGAACCACGCAGCUGAACUUGCUCAUCCUAUUCCUCAGAUCAGUCUGAUGGUGGUGGGUAUGCCCAACGUAGGUAAAUCUUCUUUGAUCAACGCUCUCAGACGUGUAGGUGUGGGUAAAGGCAAAGCAGCAGCUACGGGUGCUCAGCCGGGUAUCACACGCACCGUGGUUGGCACCAUCAAAGUCUUAGAAGACCCUACUGUCUAUUUAGUCGACACACCUGGCGUGAUGGUACCUCAUAUUGCUGACCCUGUCAAAAGUCUCAAAGUAGCCUUAACGGGCGGUAUUCGUGACCAUUUGUCGGACGAACAAGUCAUGGCAGACUACUUACUCUAUCGACUGAACGCAUGCGGUGCUUAUGGGUAUGUGGAUUGGUUCAAGCUGACUGAACCUACCAAUGAUGUGCAUGUGUUGUUACAAGGUGUUGCUAAGCGUAUUGGUGCUGUAGCAAAAGGAGGUCAAAUGGACUUGACUAUGGCUGCCAAAUUCUUUUUAAAACAUUAUAGGACAGGUAAACUGGGUCAAUACACAUUAGAUGACGUGAGUCCAGAAGCCUUAGAGGCGUUUUUUGAACAUCAAAAGAUCUAUAGUACCACCAGUAUGAGUCGACGACAAGAGAAAAAAGCAGUUAAAUUAGAGCAAAGAAAGAAUGCUAGAAAAGCACAAGAAGAACAAGAUAUUUAA